UCGGGUUGGAGGCGAGAGGCGAGCGAUGGAGGGCGACAGCGAGAGCCCUUGGGCCCUGGGGCUGCUGCGCACCUUCGACGCGGGCGAGUUCGCGGGCUGGGAGAAGGUCGGCUCGGGCGGCUUCGGGCAGGUGUACAAGGUGCGCCACGUCCACUGGAAGACGUGGCUCGCCAUCAAGUGCUCGCCGAGUCUGCACGUCGACGACAGGGAGCGCUUGGAGCUCUUGGAAGAAGCCAAGAAGAUGGAGAUGGCCAAGUUCCGAUACAUCCUGCCUGUGUACGGCAUUUGCCGCGAUCCUGUUGGCCUGGUCAUGGAGUUCAUGGAGACGGGCUCCCUGGAGAAGCUGCUGGCCUCGGAGCCGUUGCCGUGGGACCUGCGCUUCCGCAUCAUCCACGAGACGGCGGUGGGCAUGAACUUCCUGCACUGCAUGUCCCCGCCGCUGCUGCACCUGGACCUCAAGCCCGCAAACAUCCUGCUGGACGCGCACUACCACGUCAAGAUUUCUGACUUUGGGCUGGCCAAGUGCAACGGGCUGUCCCACUCACACGACCUCAGCAUGGACGGCCUGUUCGGGACCAUCGCCUACCUGCCUCCCGAGCGCAUCCGAGAGAAGAGCCGGCUCUUUGACACCAAGCACGACGUGUACAGCUUCGCCAUCGUGGUCUGGGGCGUGCUGACGCAGAAGAAGCCGUUUGCAGACGAGAAGAACAUCCUGCACAUCAUGGUGAAGGUGGUGAAGGGCCACCGCCCGGAGCUGCCGCCCGUCUGCAGAGCCAGGCCGCGGGCCUGCAGCCACCUGCUGCGCCUCAUGCAGAGAUGCUGGCACGGGGACCCCCGCGAGCGGCCCACCUUCCAAGAAAUCACGUCGGAGACGGAGGACCUGUGUGAGAAACCCGACGACGAGGUGAAAGAGGCAACGCAGGACCUGGAUGUGAAAGACCCUCCGGAGCCCAAGACUGAGGCGCCUGUGUCCACGCCCCUCAAGCGAGCCUCGGCCCCGGCCUUCGACAAGGACUACAGCCUCUCGGAGCUGCUGUCCCAGCUGGACUCCGGCAUCUCCCAGACGCUCGAGGGGCCCGACGAGCUCAGCCGCAGCUCCUCCGAAUCCAAGCUCCCAUCGGCCAACAGCGGCAAGCGGCUGUCGGGCGUGUCCUCGGUCGAUUCUGCCUUCUCCUCCAGAGGGUCCUUGUCCCUGUCUUUCGAGCGGGAGCCUUCCACGGGCGAUCUUGGCACGACGGACGUCCAGAAGAGGAAGCUGGUGGAUGCCAUCGUGAGCGGGGACACCAGCCGGCUGAUGAAGAUCCUGCAGCCGCAGGACGUGGACCUGGUGCUGGAGGGCGGCGCCAGCCUGCUGCACGUGGCCGUGGAGGCGGGGCAGGAGGAGUGCGUCAAGUGGCUCCUCCUCAACAACGCCAACCCCAACCUGACCAACCGGAAGGGCUCCACGCCGCUGCACGUGGCCGUGGAGAAGAGGGCGCGCGGCGUCGUGGAGCUCCUGCUGGCCCGGAAGAUCAGCGUCAACGCCGCGGACGAGGACCGGUGGACGGCCCUGCACUUCGCGGCCCAGAACGGGGACGAGUGCAGCACGCGGCUGCUGCUGGAGAAGAACGCCUCCAUCAACGAGGCGGACUGCGAGGGCCGCACGCCCGUGCACGUGGCCUGCCAGCACGGCCAGGAGAGCGUCGUGCGCAUCCUGCUGCGCCGGGGCGUCGACGUGGGCCUGCAGGGGAAGGACGCCUGGCUGCCGCUGCACUACGCCGCCUGGCAGGGCCACCUGCCCAUCGUCAAGCUGCUGGCCAAGCAGCCGGGCGUGAGCGUGAACGCCCAGACGCUGGACGGGAGGACGCCCCUGCACCUGGCCGCCCAGCGCGGGCACUACCGCGUGGCCCGCGUCCUCAUCGACCUGCGCUCCGACGUCAACCUCUGCGGCCUGCUCGAGCAGACGCCCCUGCACGUGGCGGCGGAGACCGGGCACACGAGCACCGCCAGGCUGCUCUUGCACCGGGGGGCCAGCAGGGAGGCGGUGACGGCAGAGGGCUGCACCGCCCUGCACCUGGCUGCUCGGCACGGGCACCUGGCGACCGUCAAGCUGCUGGUGGAGGAGAAGGCCAACGUGCUGGCUCGGGGGCCCCGGAACCAGACGGCGCUGCACCUGGCGGCCGCCGGCGGGCACUCGGAGGUGGUGGAGGAGCUGGUCAGCGCCGACGUGCUCAACCUGUCCGACGAGCAGGGGCUCAGCGCGUUGCACCUGGCCGCCCGGGGCCGGCACGCCAAGACGGUGGAGACGCUGCUCAAGCACGGGGCGCACGUCAACCUGCAGAGCCUCAAGUUCCAGGGCGGCCACAGCCCCGCCGCCACGCUGCUCCGCCGGAGCAAGACCUAGUGCGCCGGCCUGGGAGACCGGCCCCGUGCGGGGUGUUCGUCCCGUGGUCGUGUUCCGCGGCGGGGACAGGCUGGGGCCGUGCUGGUCGGCACCCCCCACCUUGUUGAUGGGCUGGCGGCACUUGGACCGAACAGGCCGUCGGGAAGCGGCUGACCCUCGGUGCGUGCCGGAGUCGGUGUGGGCGGGUUACCCUCCGAAUGAAGGUGUCAGAAGGUGCUGAUCCAUCCGCCCAUCCGUGUGCCGGCGUCAGAGGGACGAUGGGUUGAAAUCAUUUCGCUGUACUCCUGCUCCUGAGGUCGGUUCCUGGAGCCGGCCCGCCUCGGGCCGAGGGGUGGGAGGAGCCGUGUCUUCCAUCUUCAUUUGCAGCGGCGGACGAGGCCGCCUGUUUCAGAAGGUUUUCGUGGAACCCUUGUGUGAUGGGACAUUGUCCCUCGACGAACACAGUGUCGACCGUGGCUUUAAACCUUUGAAAAAGAUGUUCAUGUCCUUCGGGGGUCUGGUGUGUGAGCAACGCGUGUGAAGUGGUAAGGUUGGUGUUACACAGCGCCGCGGCCGGACCCGCUCUGCCGGGCUCAGGAUGCUCUCCGCCGGCCUUGUGGCGACCACGGGCCUCCCAGCAGCUGAUUGCUCUCAUGCAUUUCCUGUGGCAUAAAAUGUGUUUUGAACUCUAGAGCCAACUAUGCAAGAGUCAUUUAAAAAUUCACUUGUAACCUCAGUUUCGGACUCUAAGCAGUAUUACCUGGUCAGGUGGACCACCGAGCUCGCCGGCCCCUUUCCAGCUCCGGUGUUCGGUCAGGAGGUCGUCUGUGAGGAGCGCUGCCGUUUGGGGGGUGUCAGAGGGGCCCUCUGACCCUUUACAAACCUCUGAGCUGUGGAACCCCCAGGGCGGCUCCGGGAGACCCCCAGGCACGCGUGGCUAUAAAAGAUGUGGUGAUCUGGCCCUCUUGGUCAUUGUCCUGUGUGUGCCACGUGGGGCCCCCCUCCCCAAUACUGUUCUUAGAGUGAAUUUGCUGCAGGAGGUGGUCCUGUGUGCAAACGUGUCUGUGGUGUAUGAUACAGAGAUUGAUGUUAAUAUACCGUGUAUGUUAACGUGAAUCUGUGGUCUGGGUACUUCCUUUCUGUGACAGGAGCUAUCCAGACGGCUGCGAGCUGGCUAUGUUUUAAUAUGCCUCAUGCUUUUACUGUGCUGUGUGUGCUGCUGUUGUACCGAUGUCAAUAAAGCUGAGUUCUUUUCUGCU